AUGGCCUACGUUACACCUUUCGAUACGAAACGACCUCUGAAUCUCAAUGACGCUGACCUCCACCCGAACAUGAUGACCUGUCCGACUGAACGGCAGGGCAGCACAGAGAUGAUGUUCUGUUCGGUCAGAUACGUAGUCAGCGACUUUGUACAACAACUCGGCAUCAAGAACGACAGUCCACAGAACAAACUCCAAGCUAUUCAGAAGCUGGAGCAAGACCUGGGGGACAGGUUUGCCAGACACUGCGAUGAAUCUAUACCACUCCAACGCGUCACAAAGUUCUUGAUUAAAACAAUUGGUUACAGGCUCACCCUCAUGCACUGCUGUUUGCCACUUACCACUGAAGAGAACCCAUCACGAGAAUACAAAACGCAGACUUUGAGUACGGCAUUAUUGCUCUUACAGACUCAGAAUGUGAGCUCUGCAGAUGUAACGCCAGAUCGCUACAGAUGGCACACCAAGCUCUUCCACAAUUCUGAGGCAUUGUUCCCCGUUCUUCGUGCUCUGGCUUUUGACAAUCCUGACCAAGAGGCCUUGGAAGAAGCCUGGAAGCAAGUUUCGUUGACCUACCAUUUCAAUCCUCGGUUACUCUCUCCUGCUUCUUCCGAUCAACAUGGUCUCUACAGCAGUCUCGCCAGUCUGGCACCGAAAGCAAUAACACGACAUUCACAAAUGGACGCAAGUAGCAUAGACCUACCUGCUACGUUCAUCGAGCAACUCAUGGCCCAGCAGCAGCCGCAUACGGAUCCAGAGGCCACCACCGUCUCUGCAUCAGCGACGAUACAACAACCCGCACAGCCAUCUGAUCCCGCUCUCUCUGAACCAGUCAUCACCGAAGGGCAGCCAAACAUGUAUUGGCAACAAUCACAUCUCGACAACGACGACCAGGCAUGGGAAUAUUGGCUAAAUUCAAUCGAAAACGAAGAAAACCUCGGUUUCUGA